GUUGGCGGACUUGAUAAUCACGUGUCUGCAACAUGGCCGACCCAGGACUAUAAAGUUUGUGUGCUGUUGUUUAGCUAGGUAGCUAUUUAUAUAAAUGUUGUUAGCCCUUUUAUUUGCAACAUAGAGGUCAGGCUGAACUGAAGUAUUAUAUUUUUAAGUAUAGACAAGUGCUAUGAAUUGUCAAUGAAUAUAUACAAAUAUAAACGGCAGUAACACAUUAGGGAAAACUAAGGACAGCUAACGUUAGCUGACUAGGUAUUUUGCACUCGUAGUAAAAACAUAGCCUUGUCACACAAAAACAUAGUCCUUCUGUUAAGCUGUCUAAUAGCCAGAUUUAUACACCAUGAGGAAAUGGAACUCACGAGAGGAACGGAGAUCACGUCGGCGACAAGGUGCUCACCGCAACGACUGGUACAGAGACAACCGGCAGAGUUCAUCACAAGACGAAUGGUAUGGAUAUAGUCAAACAGACUCUUCUAACCAAGCUUCCCAGAGAGGCUCUGAUGCUGCAAAUCCGUCCACCUCUUCGUCCUCGGUCUCUUCCUCCUCAACAUCAACCUCCUCUUCCUCUAAUACUAGCAAUGUGGCACCUGAACUGCCAGGGUUUUAUUUCGACGUGGAGAAGAACCGCUACUUCCGCCUGUUGCCGGGACACAACAACUGUAACCCCCUGACCAAGGAGCAGCUGCAGGAGAAGGAGAGAGAGAAGCACAGGGCCAGGCUGCUCUCGGAGGAUGACCAGCCCUUCAAGAAGGCGCCAAGAGUAGGAUUAAACACGGCUCUUCUGCUGCAGAAAAGACGAGUUGGGCUUCUACCUUCAAACUCCUACUGCAGGUUGGUCCAUGAAGUGAAGGCGAGUGGAAUGAUGCGACAACGUCUGGAGGUCAAGAGCACUGAAAACCACAGCCCCAACCAAGACAACUUCAGGGUCAUAGUGGGGGACUCUGCGUCUGAGAGGGUGUUCACGGUCAACGACGUGUCCCACGGCGGGUGCAAGUACGGCAUCAUGAACUUUAAAGGCUGCAGCAGAGGCUCACUGGCGGUGGAAAUGUGUGACAACCUGUACUUCACCAACCGCAAGGUGAAUUCCAUCUGCUGGGCAUCAGUUAACCAUCCCGACUCCCAUGUGUUGCUGUGUCUGGUGGGGAUGGCAGACACCCCGGGCUGUGUCAGUCUGCUCCCUGCCUCCCUUUUCAGCAACUCCAACCCAGAGCAGCCCGGGAUGCUGUGUAGCUUCAAGAUCUCAGCUGCCUGGUCCUGUGCCUGGUGCCUCAACCCUCAGGCGGACAAGAGCUUCAGCACAGGUCUGUCUCGCCGGAUCAUCGUGCAGGAUGCGGAGGCGCGUCGCACUCAGACGUACAGCGUGACCAGCGAUGUCUUGGCCCAGCAGUUUGCUGUCCGGGCCCCGGUGCUGUUCAACGGCUGCCGCUCCGGGGAGAUGUUCAGCAUCGACCUGCGGGUGCGCGGCCGGCGGGGGGGCGGCUGGAAGAGCAGCCGCUUCCACCAGGAGUCGGCCAUCACCUCGGUGCGCCUGCUGCAGGACGAGAACUACCUGCUGGCCGCCGACAUGCUGGGCCAGAUCAAGCUCUGGGACGUGCGGGCGACCAAGCCGGUGCGGGAGUACAAGGGGCAUCACAACGAGCACGCCUACCUGCCCAUCCACGUGAACGAAGCCGAGGGGCUGCUGCUGGCAGUGGGUCAGGACUGCUACACCCGGCUGUGGAGCCUCCAGGACGGCCAGCUGCUGCGGACCAUCCCGUCACCACACCCCGCCGCCAAAGACCUCAUCCCCAGCGUGGUGUUCUCCUCGCAGCUGGGCGGCCGCCGGGGGCUCCCCGGCCUGCUCAUGGCCGUCAAGCACGACCUGUACUACUUCUCGUACAACACGGACCCCCAGGAUACGACGACGAAGCAGCCCACUCGGUGAAGGAACCGUCCUCUGCCAACUGUGUUUCGGUUUGCUUUUUUCACGACAAAGAGGUGGUCUUUUGGUGGUAUUGGGGGUAUUUUGCCGACGGCGAAUGUGGCAAAUUGGAUCUCCACCGCGCCAAGUGUUUGACUUGAAUUGAGCUUGGCUGUGGGUUAUUGUGGUUCUCUAUAACAUCGACUCCGGCGGGGCUGAAGGGAUAUAGGUAGGUCAACUUUCAGUUUGAAAGAGGUUGGUAGGAAUGGUGAGCACCAGGGCGUUCGCUUGCGAGUAAAAGGAUGGAAUAUAAUAAUGGUUGGGGUUAUUAGGAAAAAAGGAAACACUGUGAAAGAAACUAUAUGCUGUGUAUUUUCCAUAGAAAGUGCAAUUAUUAACAGACUUAAUUGACAUUUGAAAUUAAAUAAUUGGGUGCUGGCAUUGUCUUCGCAACUUCCAUUCCUGCAUGCUUCAGCAAUUUGCUGUUUUUAAAGAAACUAGAAACGUACACACAAAUGUGUCAAAUGUUUGUCUCUUUAUUAUCCGAGCAAAUAUCAACACAUUCAAGAUAAAGGUUUUUCUUUUUUUUGCCUUUUUUCCGUGUUCCUCCAACUUGACUCAGGAAAGACGAUGGAGGUCGUAGAUUUCUAGCUUAUUUCCCCUUCAAGUGAAUACUAAGUCUCCCCUCCACUUAGAUCUUUAUAAUGCCCUGUAUAUGUGGUGGUGGACGGUAAACACAAAGCAGUUCAACCAGAUAUCAAACAGACUAACAUGUUAUGGUGCAACUCUAAGUAAAUCUGCCCCGCCACUGGUUCAAACAUGGCUUCAGCACGAUCCUACUAUACACGGCGUCGCCUCGCUCGACUAUCUCGACCUCUUCUGAGGGGCCAGCCUCAGGAAGCUCUGAGACACAGCUGCUCUUUAGAGGCAGAUCAUAUGUAGUACAGUCUUGUUGAUUGUUCUAGGAUUAGAUAAAUUAAAUAUUUUAAAAAAGCAAGCCAUUAACAAAAUGGUUUUCAUUAUUUAUAUAGUAAACUUUUCCCUCUAGGUAUAGAUUUUUCAUAUAAAAUUAAACAGUCAGUGUGGGCACUGGGCAGCAUUGUUAAGGCGAGUCUAUGAACAGAACAUCAGCCUUUUCAAAUGCAUACACAACCACAAAUAGGCCAAACGAGAAUAUAGGAUAUCGCUAUUGGUUCUAAUGCAAUAACAUGGAAUGCAUUUAUAGCGCUACAGUACAUUUGUGGAUUAAGAGUGAAAACUGUGGGAAAACUACACUUCCCAGCUUUUCCAUUUGUUCUAAAGCUAAAAUAUUUAAGUCCUAACGCUAAGCUAGUAUUAAGGGCACUGUUUAUUGAAGCAGCAGCGCACACUGGAAGCUUUAUGCAGAUCAUUGCGGACUACUACUACUACCUAGUUCCAAUAGAGUACUAAAGUGUGACGUCAAGUUUCCAUAGCAACCGAUUUUCAGUUCUACACAAACCAAAUUAACAAGGGGACAUCCUAUGCCACACAAACGUUUUUUUUGCGAAUUGAUUUGCAAGUUUGCUUUACCAAUGAUGUAGUAGGAAUAUUGAGAAUAGAUUGUAGAUUCAUAUAAAAUAAAAAUAUAUUUAAAGUAACGUCAAACUUUUCCUUUUAAUACCCAAGGGGAAUACAUGAAAGCCUCGACAGGUUUCAAUUGGUAGUGAUUUUCCCCUCUUGAAAUAGAUUUAUUUUCAUUUUCAAAGAAACACAAGGCAGCAAUGGAAAACUCCAUCUCUGGUUUGUUUAGAACUGAAAAUCCGGUCGCCAGGACAACGUGACGUUUUCACUUUAGUACUCCUAAUGCUCAAGUGUAUUACAUCUGUAUGAUUGUCAUAGGACUUCUGGUUUACUGUGAAGCAGUACUAAGACUCUUAAGGGGUUAAGAGGGGUGUUAUGAAAUGAGCCCAAGCCCAGCUUUUAGGAAAGCCGUUACUAUAAUACAACUUAAAACAUCAUCGCACAUGAUAUCCUCUUUCCUGAUAAUGAUAACUCGUUCUACUAAAACCUUUGUUCUGUUGUUUUCCCAUAAAAGUGUUGACGAUGAAAGUGAAAUAGAAUUAAAUGGGACACUGACAAACAAGACGAGACAAACAAACAGCAAACAUGUUCCAAUGUUUCAGAAACAGGCCGAGGCCGGUAUCCGUAACAACAAACCACCCAUCAUCCAAUCAGAAUCUACUACCGCGGACCACUUCUGCAUCCGGCAAGAUUUCCCAAAUUUCCAGCUCCCAGACCGGGGAAGACCUCCGCCUUGACGGCCC